GUGCUCGCUUGCCUGUGCUGUGGAGGCCACCCUUGGGUGGCCACCUCUGCACCACACCAAGGAGCCCCAGUCAGCGGGUUUGCCGGUGUUGGGGUGCUCCGGGGAGCAGUGGGACCAGCAGGCAGCAUUGCUGGUGGCAUAGCUCAGGGCUCCCGCAGCACUGAGCUCUGCCUGACCGGGUGACACAGGCGCCUGGCAGCCCCAGUGGCUUUGAUUGUGGGAUGGUGGGAGAACACCUGGAUCCUGCCUCCAGAGUUCCGCUGCCACGGCCGGCACAGGGACGAGCUGGGACCCCUGGACAUGGGCUGGAUGGGGCCCAUGGUUACGGGGUAGUGUGAGCAGCCCAACCCCACGGUGGGGUGGCAGUGGGCACGGCAGCACCCAGCGCCCACCUGUGCCAGUCCCCUCGAAAGGAGAAAACCCGCCGCGUGUCCGCGUGUGCCCCGGGCGCUCCCGGAGAGCGGAGCCGGGAGCAGGAACCUGCUGAGCCGCUGCUUGCACAUGUUUUCCGUGGCAUUCCCCGGGGGCCGCCUGCAGCGGCCGCUCGCCCGGAGCCGGGGCUCGCUCUGGUGCGUCCUCCGGCCGCCGCAGGAUGCAUCGGCCUCCUGCGAGCAGCGAUCGUGGCGCCGUGACCUUGGCAGGGCGGGAGCUCACCCCGCUUCUGGCUCAACCCGAGCGUCUCCGGUUGUUACAACCCAGCUGCCGGCGCAGGAGACGUGCCCAGCCCCUGGGGCCUGAUCCUGGCACGCAGGAGCCUGGAGCGAGAUGUGCUGACUUCAGCUGAAGCCACUGUGGGCGUGAGGAAAGCAGCGUAGGACCAUGACUGCAGCACAGAGGGUUCUCCUCUGCCCCAUCACCAUGGGACUGCUCCUGCAGAACCUCUUCCUCCUCCUCCUCCUCUUCCUCCUGGGCUCCUGCCUCCACCCAGCCGCUGCCUUCCCCAAGGGCUGUUACCCCUCAGAAGAGGAGGGGCUGAAGACCUUUCGCUGCAGCAACGCUCAGCUGACCGAGGUCCCCAGAGACAUCCCCAAUGACACCAACAAGCUCUACCUGGACUUCAACCAAAUCCCCUUCCUGCCUCGCGAUGCCUUCCGGGACCUGCCGCUCCUGCUGGAGCUGGAUCUGUCCCACAACGCCAUCGCCAGAGUUGAAAGUGGGGCUUUCCAGGGCCUGGCAGAGCACCUGCACUCUCUGGACUUGUCUUCCAACAGGCUGGUGUCGGUCAGCAAAGAUGCCUUUAGCAACCUGAAAGCCAAGGUGAACCUGUCCAACAACCCGUGGCUGUGUGACUGUCGGCUGCAGGAGCUGAUCCGCGCAGUGGAGCUGGCGGCUGACUCCUCAGGGGGCAUCAUGUGUGACUCCUCCACGCAGGAGGAGCACGUCGGCAAAGCUUUCCUGCAGGUGAUUGCCGACACAGACUUCUGCAAUGUGUACAAGAAGACCACGGACAUUGCCAUGCUGGUCACCAUGUUUGGCUGGUUUGCCAUGGUGAUCUCCUACCUGGUCUACUACGUGCGGCAGAACCAGGAGGAUGCCCGGCGGCACCUGGAAUAUCUCAAGUCACUGCCCAGCAAGCAGCGGCGAUCGGAGGAGUCAUCCACCAUCAGCACUGUGGUGUGAGCACCAGCAUCCUUCAGGACAUGGGGACGUGUGGAGCUGGGGACCUGCCGCUCCAGGGGCUCGCCACGGCUGCAGAAGCUGUCACCAGCCGCCAGCAUCUCACAGAGAUACUCAUGGAUUUGUUCUGUUCUCCCGCUGGCAGCAGCAGCCACAGCUGAUGAGUCCCUGGCUCUGGUGGCUGAGGUCAGGGAUGGAUAUCAGCCAUGAGCGUGGAGGAUCUGCAGCAUCCUCCCAAGUUAUGGAUGACUGGAGUGAGCUGGAGCAUCCCCCUGGCAUGUGGCCAUUGCUCCAACUGAGCUGGACAUUUGGACUUCAUCUAAAACUUUUUAUAUUUCCUUUGCAGAGAUCCCUUGGGGUAUUAAUGGAAUCGGUGUUUUCAUCUCUCCCCUGCUCCCCCUUGGCUGCCCAAGGGAUGGUCUGGUAGCCCAGGACAGUCCGUGCCUGGCUCCCUGCUGAGAGAUAAGUGGGAAGGAGCAGUACGGGUGCAAGGCCAGUGCCCUGCCAGGUCACUGGCCCUGGAGGGUCAUGGGCUUCAAGCCCAGCCAGUAGGACCAAGAGGUGGGGCAGGAGGUGGGGACGCACUGGUUGGUGCCACUCCAUCUCCUGUUUCAUCUCCCUGCUCCUUUCCCAGCACUCUCAGGCCAGGUGGGGCAAGGGGUGUGGGGGUCUCCACUCAGAGAUGGGGUCACUCAUGGGCAAACCCAGGGCCUUUCCCCUCUGAGUGUGGGGAAUUAGAACCAAACAGGGAAUGAACUCCCUGGGGCAGAGCCCUUUGGGGCUGACAAGGGAUGUAGGUGCUGAUGGAGGGGCAGCUGGGGGUCCUGGCAGUGGGUCCAGCCCUGCUGGGAUGUUGGGGAAGCGGGUUUCCCCUUGGUGCUCUCGGGGACCACGUGGGAGGGUGUUUGCAGCACCCUUUGCCAUUGCUCCUGUCACUGCCGGAGGGGAGCUCCCACCUCACAAGCUGCUGACCGGUCACUGUGAUGGGAAGCAGGAUGGAGGGAGCUGCCACAGCUCCUCCGUCCUCUCCCCACUCCCACACUGCUGUCAGGAGCCUGAAUCUCCCCUAAAAAUGUCCAAAAGUCCCUUUUUGACACUUUCAGUAUUGGGCUGCAGGUUCCUGGUGGCAGUGGUGGAGGUGAUGCUGGGCACAGGGCUGGCACAGGCAAGGUCAGUGCCCACCUUUGGGCGUGCAGGGUUCAAGUGGCAACUCAGAGCAAAGCCAGAGCAGCCCCAGACUCUUCCACCUGCAUGUCUGGCCUCCAGGACAUCUGGUUUUGCUGGUUUUGGCCUUUUUUUAAACCAACCAAUGCUGAAUUGCCUUAAUUCACCAAGACCGCCAACCAAAGCUGCUUGAACCUCCUCUGUACCGAGCCAGAGCUGCCUUGUUGCCAGGCCCAGCCUCAGCCCCUGGUGUGGGCAGCGUGUUUGGGUGCAGGCAGGGCUCUGGCCCGGCUGCUGCUGCUGCCCUCGUGCCCCGGUGCCGGUGGGAGCCGUGGGACAGAGCCGGCCAGGAGCGGGGCCCGUGCCCUUCCACAAGUGCCUGAUUCCAGCACAGAGCAGGAGCUCUGCAACGCACAAACACCUCGGCCCCAGCUCCCAUCCGGGCGUCCCCACAGCUCCACGGCAGCUCCUUCCCCCUCCACAACCGCCUGAGGAGAAAAGGGGCUGGGGGCGACCCGACUGAACCCCCCCAGGCUGCUCCCCCCAGGCCACCGCUUGUGCCCGCAGCGCGGGAGGUGCCGGGAUCACCCGACCCAUCCGUGUUUGGGUUAAGGGACCUUUUAGUUCUUACUUUAUAUGACAAUAAAAUUGGCUUUUACUUUGGA